GUGAUUAUUUAUUUAACCAAUUGUGUGAAGGGUUGAGCAAGAGAAGGAAGAGAAGCAAGGGCGAAGCCAAGCAAAACUCCGAUCCAGAACUGUAUGAAACGGUAAGAAGGAAGAAGCCAAGGCAUGGAGAAUCACAAGCAGCAGAACGGUGUGGGUGGUAGAAGCAGCAAGGAGAAGAAGAAGACUAGUGUAAGAGGGAAGGUGGUGUUGAUGAAGAAAGGGGUGUUGGAUUUCCAUGACAUCAAAUCCAACGUUCUUGAUCGAAUCCAUGAGUUGAUGGGCAACGGUGUCUCUCUUCAGCUUGUUAGUUCUCUCACUCCUGAUCCAGUGAAGGGGCAUAGAGGAAAGCAUGGGAAAGUGGCAUACUUGGAGAGGUGGGUUUCAAAAAUAACAUCAUUGACAGGAGCAAAAGAGACAGAAUUUGGGGUGAAAUUCGAUUGGGACGAGAGCAUUGGGGUGCCAGGGGCAAUCAUAGUAAGGAACAAUCACCAUAGCCAGUUUUAUCUAAAGACAAUCACCAUUGAAGACAUUCCUGGCCAUGGCUCUCUCCAUUUUCCCUGCAAUUCUUGGAUAUACCCUGCUCAUCGUUACACCUACGACCGUGUCUUCUUCUCUAAUAAGGCAUACCUACCAAGUGAAACACCGGAGACACUUAGGAAGUUGAGGGAAGAAGAGUUAGCGACGCUUCGAGGGACAGGGACGGGUACCCUUAACGAAUGGGACAGAGUCUACGACUAUGCCUUCUACAACGACCUUGCUCUUCCUGACAAUGGUCCCCAUUAUGCUCGUCCCGUUCUUGGUGGCUCCCAGGACCUUCCAUACCCACGCCGUGCAAGAACCAGUCGCCACAACACCCUCACCGAUCCCGAUACUGAGUCCAGAUUGCACCUUUUCAAUCUUGACAUCUAUGUUCCCAGAGAUGAACGCUUUGGUCACCUCAAGUUCUCUGAUUUUCUAGCUUAUUCUCUCAAAUCCAUUGCUCAAGUUCUUCUUCCUGAGAUCAGAUCUCUCUGCGAUAAAACCAUUAACGAGUUUGACACUUUCCAAGAUGUUCUUGAUAUUUACGAGGGAAGCCUUAAGCUGCCCAGUCCAGGUCUCGCUUCUCAACUUAGAAACCUCAUUCCAUAUGAGCUGUUUAGAGAACUUGUUAGGAAUGAUGGUGAGAGGUUCCUCAAAUUCCCAGUUCCAGAUGUCAUCAAAGCUAGCAAGACUGCAUGGAGAACCGAUGAAGAAUUUUCCAGAGAAAUGCUUGCCGGUGUUAACCCUGUCAUCAUUCGUCGUCUCCAGGAAUUUCCCCCGGUGAGCAAGUUGGACCCUGAAAUCUAUGGAGAUCAAAAUAGUACCAUCAAAGCAAAGCACUUAGAAAACAGUUUGGAUGGACUCACUAUAGAUGAGGCGCUUGAAAACAAGAAGUUGUAUAUACUUGAUCACCAUGAUGCAUUGAUGCCAUACUUAACUCGAAUAAAUUCUACAACCACAAAGACUUACGCCACAAGAACACUCUUGUUUCUACAAAAUGAUGGUACAUUGAAACCAUUGGCUAUUGAACUGAGCUUGCCACACCCACAAGGGGACCAACAUGGAGCAGUUAGCAAAGUUUUUACUCCCCAAAAAGAAGGAGUACCGGCUACUGUUUGGCAACUGGCCAAAGCUUAUGUUGCUGUCAAUGAUUCAGGAUACCAUCAACUAGUUAGUCAUUGGUUAUUCACUCAUGCAGUGAUUGAACCAUUCAUAAUUGCCACAAACAGACAAUUAAGUGUUCUUCACCCAAUACAUAAGCUUUUGCAGCCACACUUUAGAGACACAAUGCAUAUAAAUGCCUUAGCUAGACACACUCUCAUUAAUGCCGGAGGGGUGCUAGAGAGAACAGUUUUUCCCGGUAAAUUCGCCUUGGAAAUGUCAGCUGUUAUAUACAAGAGUUAGGGAUGGCGGUUCCAGAUUCAAGCAGCCCUCAUGGACUUAAACUCAUGAUAGAGGAUUACCCGUUUGCUGUGGAUGGCUUAGAAAUCUGGGAUGCCAUUGAAACUUGGGUGACUGAAUACUGCAAUUUCUACUACAAAUCUGAUGAGAUGGUUGAGAGUGACACUGAAAUCCAAUCUUGGUGGAAAGAAGUCCGCUAUCAGGGUCAUGGUGACUUGAAAGACAGGUCAUGGUGGCCAGAGAUGAAGACUAAAGAUGAACUCAUUCAAUCAUGCACCACCAUCAUAUGGAUAGCUUCUGCAUUUCAUGCAGCAGUGAAUUUUGGACAGUACCCUUAUGCCGGAUACCUCCCUAACCGGCCCACGGUGAGCCGCAGGUUCAUGCCAGAGCCAGGGACACCGGAGUACAAAGAGCUUACAAUCACAGCACAGUUUCAAACAUUGCUUGGUGUGUCACUGAUUGAAGUUCUGUCAAGACAUUCAACGGAAGAGGUUUAUCUUGGGCAAAGAGAGAAUCCUUACUGGACUUGUGAUGCUGAACCAUUAGCAGCAUUUGAGAGAUUCAAACAGAAGCUCAUAGAGAUUGAGAACAAUAUCAUGGAAAGGAACAAGGACAAGAGAUUGAAGAACAGGAACGGUCCAGUGCAGAUGCCUUAUACCUUGUUGUAUCCAAAUACCUCAGAUUAUUCAAGGGAGGGUGGUCUCACUGGAAAAGGAAUCCCCAACAGUGUUUCUAUCUAAGUAGUAAGAAUUUCCCUGUUUGCCAGGAUCCCUUCUCUUAUUGGGUUGUAAAAGAUGAUUGUUUUUCAGCUUAGUAUUUAAAUGUAAUUGUUUAUGCCAAGACUAGAGUAUAUGUGAAAUCUAUAUGUUAAUAGGCUUAACAUUAUCAUGUUAGCACUUCAUUGAUUUGUUGGAACUUGUACAAUAAUACAUUAUGUAAUGGUUUUGAUUCCAAACUUGAGAUAUACUAGUAAUGAUCCUUCUUCUUUU